AUGGCUCGAGACGGCAUGGCCGCUGGGCCAGCCGGCACGGCGGAACGCUCCAGCAUCGAGAAGACGCGCUACUACGUCAGCCCCGACGUGGCCGACCUCUUUCAACAGCUACCCGACGAAAUCAUCGAGCAGAUCCUUCUCGCCACCGACCCAAACGGCUUCGCUUCCCUCGCCCUCCUCAACAGAAAGUGGAGAGCCGUCUCCCAGCAUUCUCAUAUUUAUCAUCAUCACCUCGCCCGCUGCGUCUCCUACCUCUCGGGCAGCGGAGGUCUCCCUCCGGCCGACGAUGACAACCUGCCCCUCCUGCGUCGGCUGUUUGCUCGCGAGGUCAAGCGGAACCUCUUCGACGCGUACCUGCGGCCGAGGGAAACGGUCUACAAGCUCGUGUCAAAUUCCAUCAGCUCCUCCUCCUGCCCCGGCGGCGAGGGCAUGCAGUUUGCCGCGUCACCUUUGGGCCAUCACCUGCUCGCCUACAACUCGUCUCGCCUUUACGUCGUUGACGUCCGUCAAGACACCCUCAAGGUCAAGAGGGAGCUGAAGAUCCUGCGACGGCCUGCCUCGGCCUGCAUUACCGACGAUGCGAACCUCCUCGCCGUGUUGUCGACGGAGAUGCAAGUCGAUCUCUACGACCUCACGAAGCGGCCCCCACAGCGCAAGCACUCGCUCCUUCUCGACAACAAACCCCGCGCAAUCGCCAUCUCCUCAUGCGGUUCCGUUCUCGCUGCUGCCUACGAUGGUGGCAUCGAGGUCUCCUCGUUGCACCCGAAUGCCUCCUCCACCGACAGCAGAGCCGUCAAGUGCGACGCCGUCGACAACCUUGCCUUCUCGCCUGACGGCAGCCAAAUCCUCGGCACGACGAUACACUCGACUCCUCCCAGCACCGUCAUCCUCACCGCCCCGUACUACGAUCCCGGAAGCCAGUUUGCCGACAACCUCAGCGCCAUGUGGACGACCUCGAUCCUCUUCCCCAACACGAGUCGCGAUUGCAGCCACGCCAUACUGCUCCAAGACGGCACCCAUGGCGAGGCCGAGUGGACCUUUACGUACGAUCGAAGCUUCGAAACCUUUCGUGCCGUUCGCUUCGAUGACCUCCGAAACGGUACCACCUACUUCACCGGGCCGAAUCCAAAAGCAUCCGACCAGUCGAAGCUACUCCCCUGCACUCUUCCAUCCGCCACCUUCCACGGCGACCUCGUCUCCUCAGCCUUCCAGGCCAGCGAGGUUUGGAUGUACGGCCUUCCGCGAGACUUGGCCGCCGUGCCGGUGACGACCUCGGACCACGACGCGCCCCUGGACCCUCCGGUGCCUGGUCGACACAGCACCGGUCCGGCCGGUCUUUGCCGCCGUGCGUCGACGCGGACCCAGGAGAGCGAGGCUGAGAGGAUUCCCCAGUGGCAGCUUCUCUGCGACAACUCGAGGAACAACGUCGUGUCUGGCCGCAAGAUCACCGAACUUGCUGGCUUGAGCAGCGUCAAGUGGGUUGCUGGUUUUGCAGCAGCAUCGUCCAAGGAGCGACUCGUCAUCACCGCUCGAGGUGUGGCCGGUCCCAGGCUUGUUACGGACGAGGAAGACGUUGACUUCGUCGACGGCAGCCGCGUCACCUUGCUCGAUUUCGACUAUGGCCUCGUCGACGGUCACCGGAACGAAGUCACCAUCGACGUGGGAACCGAUGAUGCCGAGGUGCUCGAGGAGGAGACGCGCGAUAUAGAAGCAGAAGUCGCCAUCAUUCGACGAAGGACCGUUGCGCAGAAGCGAGCCGGUCGACACCCCCUCCUUCGAGCGACGACCACCUUGGACCGGGAAUCGGCCGCUGGGUCCAACGUGCAACCCGACGGCGGCGGCGGCGGCGGCGGCGGCGACGAUGACGACCCGCUGGCCCCUAGGAUCAUGGGAAAACCCCACGCCAGUCGUCAACCUGUCGCUGUGGAGGCCGAGACGGCAUCAAUCGAGGAGCAGGAGGCGUUGGAUGCGCCAUACGCCCAUGCCAGCCCUCGAUCGGGAACGACCCUCCGUCGAGCUGCCACGGCCGCCGCCGCCAACCGAAGGCUGAACCCGACAACGGCCGAUGGUCGGCCGAUUGAAUAUCGACGCGCCGACGGACGAGACGAGCAUCCUCAUGAGAGCGACGCCGAUAACUGGGUGCCACCCCCUCCGCCGUACCAGAAAGAAGAUCCCGGCGAUCUGCCGGCAUUCAUGCGCGGUCCUUCGGUAGCACCGCUACACUCCGUGCCACCGCUGCCGCUUGGAAACCCGGCCGAAGCGGAAAACCACGUGGCCCAACCACGUUUGGGUCGUUCGCAUCAGAGAACCGCGAGUGAUUCGACAACACUCAGUCGACGCCUGGCCGGGAAUAUGCCACGACCCAGAUCGAGCCCGUCGAUCCAGUCGUUGUACGAAGGCCCGGAUGAUUUGUACGACGUCUCGCCGCCGGCCUCUCCAUCCAUGAGCCUGACGGAGCUCAAUGAACGCCAGCUAUCCAGCUCUUACUCCAACGUCACAGCCGUGUCCAUGGUUUCGUCCUCUGCAAGCGCUGGCACCGAAACAUUUCGGUCGCGGCCAAGAAUCCCGUCGACAACCUCAUCCACCAGAUCAUCAACUCCUACCGUGGGCAACGACCCGGCUGGUCCAAGUCAUCCGCCUUUGGAGCCACAUUUUCCAGACUCUCCUUCGAACGGUACACGUCCAGCAGUUGCCACGGAAAGACGGCUGGUGACGUCCCGAACGUGGCCGCUACAGCUUCCGUCGCAUGCAGAGGCAUCACCGUUAGCCGCGAAUCCUAUGAUUUACCCAGUACCAGCCCCGCUGUCCAGCAUGACGGCUUAUUCUCUGGAAAAUUCUCUGCCACCGGCUCCCAGCUCUGGCCAACUCGCAAGUCUGAACAAGAGGAUGAAUCAGGGCAAUCCCCGUCAGCUCUCGGGCGGCAUGCACAUCCAGCAGGCCCUGGCAAGCAGUGCAAACAGCGAAUGCCGGCCAGGUCACAGAGCUGCUGCGCUGCGGCAAUGGCAGAGCGGCGGCGGAGGCAGACCGAUCACCGAGGUUCCGAUGCCCGAGUAUGAUUGCCCCCUGAUUAUUAGCACGCCCAAGGGAGUCUCGGGCGCUUUCGACUCUCCUAGCCGCCGCACAUCCGGGCGCAGCAGGACCGAGACGCAGAUACUCUCACCCAUUCCUCAACAUCCCCGACUCAACAGCUCCACCAACGCCCAUUCGACCGUCGAGCGGCUCGAAACCAUCUACAGGCCUAGAUCAUUGCAGAGUGGACAGUCGACCUCGGCGGUGCUCAAGCCCAAGACUAGGUCCAAGCCCAAAACCAAGCCAAGCGCGUUGCCGGGUUGGCUCAGGUCGACGGCGACCCCGUUGAGGAUGAGUCCAACGGGCGUUAGCAGACAAGCCAGCAAGGCGAAGCGAAGCGCAGCCAAAAAUAUGCAGGAUGCGAGGAAGAAGGGAUGGACGGGGAAGAAGAAAAAGCAGCGCAUGGAGGGCCAAAUGGACUCUGGCGUUGCGAAUGUGGCUCCGAGUCAGGAUGGCGGUUGGAGAGAUGUGUCACCGCCAUUGGUGCAAAAGGGAAAGAAGUGCGUCGUCAUGUAA